CAUCCCUGUCCAAUGGCCGCCCCAAAGUGGAUCGCCAUUCACCACCUUUCAUCAUCAUCAUCCUGCUCUGCUUCUCUAGUCCAUCCGCCUCCCCCGUUGGUGGGCGAGUUGUCCAUGUGCAUGCUCCGAUCAUCGCGUCAAGACCGUCGACUCGCUGGACGUUGUCCAUCUAUGCUAUGCCGCCUCGUGCUGCUCGCCCUCUCCGCCGUCCAAGUUUUUUUCUUUUGCUUCUUCUUUCCUGAUACUCCAAACACGUCCAUUGGCAAGGUCAACCAUCCAUCCAUCCAUCCCCACUGGCGCUGUCAACGGACGUCCUCGUCUCAAGUCUCUUGCAAGUGUCGUGCCUAGGGUGGAGACCGGCCUGGUCUGGCCUGGCGUGCCCUGAUCUGAUGUGGGCAGUGCUUUCAGGAAUGCUCAUAUACGAUUCAUCCAACAACAAUCGUCCAUCAUCAUCAGAAUCAAUGUGGAGGAACCAAUCUCGCAUGUUCCCUUUGCUCGAUGAAUAAACCAAUGUAUGCAUGCUGCAUUAUUUCCGUCGCCUGCGUCUCUCCUUUGGCUUAUCAGACCUCCUUUUGAGCUGCAUAUCCUACCCUUGCAUCCCAUAUCUCUCCAUGCUUGCCUAGACAUACCCAUUCAAUCAUUCAAUCAUUCAUUCACUCGAUCCAGGAUCGGUGCAAGGUCUCUACUAUCGCUGUGUUAUGACCAUCGCUGUUCUUAUUCAUUUCUUGGCCUGCUCCUCGUCAACACGUCAAGGCAUGAACAACACAAGCGGCACAUGCCAGUCGCAGCAACAAUAACAAAUACAGCAGCUCUUCAAAAACUUGGAAUUGCUCAACGGUCGGGCAUACGCGGGCUGUGCUGUGGUGGCGCUCCAGAAUAACACCCACGGACCACCGCCCGCCUCGCCAGGCCUCCGUCCUCCGUGGAACACAGAGCCAGCCAGCCAUCAAAGCAGGCCCACCAGCCUCGUUCACAUUGUGAGACGAUUCACGCAUCCGUGUGCGCUGCGUGUCGGACGUCAGCACCAUCUCCGUGUGUCCAGGUCCAGCUUGCAUCUGUCUGUCUCUCCGGUUUCAAGUUCUUCCUUCAGAGUUUUGCCCUGCUCCACUAAACAUAGGCACCCAUCCAUCCAUUCCUUCUCCGUUCCGCAUCCUGUUCCUGUUCCUGUUCCUCGAUCGCCAAGCGGCGGAAAAAGCUUCAGAGCAAUCGAAUCAACAGCCUGUUCCUUUGCUCUAGCCAUCGAUCGUCUCAGCGCUAAUAGAUGAUCCUCUGCACGCUGUCCACUGUUGGCCGAGCCAUCGAAAAGACUAGAUUAUUGGCGCCACUUUUCCAUCUGCAUGCUCUCUUUCUCUCUGUGGCGUCGUCAAACUACACCGCGGCGUGCGCGCAACGCUUAUUCUCACGUGAUUCAUCCGUCGUGGCACCUGGGCCAUUCUUGCAAAGCUUGAACUACUAAACCUUCGCUCCCCAGCGGCAACCUUGGUAACCCCGUCAGUGGGCAGCAACAACUUCAGCUUGCGUGUCCCGCCUAGCUGCCUCGCUUCAUUGUUUGAAAACAGAGACUGCUGAUAAGAACCACUCACAAAUCCGGGGAUUGGAGUCGCCAAUCCACGCGAAAUCUCCGCCCCUAG